GCUGACAGGCAGCCGCUCUUCCUCCCACUCUCUCAUUGUAUCGCUCCUCAAUCAGCGACACACACACACACACUCUCACUGUCCUGCAGCCACCGAGCGAGCAACCAUGUCUGCACAAGCAAGUGCCCCUGCCCAGCCCGAGCACCAACCGCCGCCAUGUGACGAGCUGAAGGCUGAGGAAAGUAAUAAGCCAGACGAGCCCCAGGAGCAGCCAGACACGGCGGCGGCUGCAACACCAGCAGCAGCAGCGGAGGAGGAGGCGGCUCAGGUCGAGAUAACGUACAAAUCGCUGGUGCUCUCAGCCCACGGGGGAUACGAUAAAGUGAAGCUGCAAGUGAAGAAGGGCUCGCCUGCUCCUAAAGCCGGGGAGGUGCUGGUGCGAGUGAAAGCGUGCGGCCUCAACUUUGCAGACCUGAUGGCCAGACAGGGAGUGUACGAUCGGCUGCCGUCUCUGCCCGUCUCCCUGGGCAUGGAGUGUGCGGGCAUCGUGGAGGAGCUGGGAGAAGGGGUGACUGACAGGCAGGUUGGUGACAAAGUGAUGGUGCUAAAUCGUUUCGGCCUCUGGCAAGAGCUUGUUACUAUCCAAACAAACCACACUUUCCUCAUGCCUGGUGGGAUGAGUUUUGAAGAGGGGGCUGCCUUUCUGGUGAACUACAUCACCGCCUACAUGAUUCUGUUCCACUUUGGAAACCUGAGACCAAACCAAAGUGUUCUAAUCCACAUGGCCGCAGGUGGCGUGGGGACCGCAGCUGUUCAGCUCUGUAAAACCGUGGACAACAUCACAAUAUUUGGAACCGCAUCGGCAUCGAAACAUGAAAACCUGAAAGAGAAUGGGGUCUCCCAUCCCAUUGACUACAGGGGCAAUGAUUAUGUUGAGGAGGUGCGGAAAGUCUCCCCUAAAGGUGUUGACAUUGUCAUGGAUCCCCUUGGAGGAACAGACACCUGUAAAGCUUUUAACCUAUUGAAACCUAUGGGCAAACUGGUGAUAUAUGGGGCAGCCAAUUUGUUAACUGGACAAAAGAAAAACCUUAUGGCAUUGGCCAAGUCCUGGUGGAACCAGUUCAGCGUAACUGCCAUGCAGCUUAUCGGUGCCAACAAAGCAGUGUGUGGCUUCCACCUGGGGCACCUCGAUGAAGAACUAGAGUUGAUUACGAGUGUGGUGACUACGCUUCUGGAUCUUUACAAGCAGGGCAAGAUAAAGCCCAAAAUUGACACCAUGUUUUCUUUCGAACAGGUUGGGGAUGCAAUGAGACAAAUGCAAGAGAAGAAAAAUGUCGGUAAAGUUGUCUUGAUCCCUGACAUGCCAAAGGAAGAGAAUGCAACGGAGGAAGAAAAAAAGGAUCCAAAGGGUGAAGGGAAAAAGGAGGAAACGAAAAAAGAUGCCAAGGGAGAGGCGAAAAAAGAUGCCAAGGGGGAGGCGAAAAAAGAUGCCAAGGGAGAUGCGAAAAAAGAUGCAAAAGAGGAGGCGAAAAAGGAUGCAAAAAAGGAUGCUAAGGAGGAUGCAAAAAAGGAUACCAAGAAUGAAGAAAACUAGAGUGAUUUUAGUGCAGCUUAGAGGGAGUGGAAGGUCUGCUGGUGGUAAAAAAAAAAAUGGUUCUACUAGUGUGUGUGUUUUGUUUGUGUUUGGGGGGUGGAACUAAGCAAAGUAGAGGUGUCAUGCUUUGGUUGCCAGAUGAUGUCUCAUCCCCAUGUUGCAGUGAACAGGUAUACACUCUAUUGCCCACAGCCAAUGCCAGGUUUCCUAUAAAGAACAUUCUCUGCUCACCUAUGUGAAAUUGGCAAUGCACAUCAGAUUUACCAAUGAGGAAAGGUUAUCCACGUUUUCUCUUUGAUUUGAUCAGAUGCAGCUUUCAUUUGCAAAAUGUUCUUUCUUUAUGUGAUCUCUCCUUUCAUAUGCCUAUUUCUCUCGUGUAUUUACAUUAUUAAACAUUCAUUUUUUUUGA